AUGACUCGUAUCACGCCCAUGUUCCUUCCUGUUCUCCUUUUAUUCAUUUCGCUUUGCGCUAACGUUCAAGCUAGUUUGACUUUACAAGAAGAUAUCAUCAGUUACUCAGAUGCAUCGACAGUGAGUCUCACCUCUGCACCCAAUGGUGCGAUCGAUUACACCUCCAAUAAUGAUGAAAUUGAAAAUACUCCCGAACCUGCAAACGGUCUUACGGGAGUUCUGUUCGGCAUUUCGGGAACAUGUUCACAGGAUGGUGGCAGCAAAACCAUUCCACCAUUGUCGGCCAUUCCAUCAAGCGUUAACAGUUCAAGGAUCGCCUUCUUUAAGCUUGAUAGUUCCUGUUCCAUCUACGAACAGAUAUUGAAUGUACAAGAAGGUGGUGCAAUUAGUGCGAUCAUAUACAUAGAAGGUACAUCUUCUUCAAAUGGAACCUCGACCACUGUCACACCGAGCGGCAUAAAGAUUCCUGCAAUUGGUAUUAAUGCCGACACCUUUAAUGCGUUGACAAAGACCUUGAAUGAUACCGCUGGCCAACCAUCACAGCGACGCGAACGUAACACUAUGAUUGCCCAACAAGAAGCUAACGUUAAUGCCAAGUUACAAAUGUUUACGUUGGAGAAGUCGGUUGUUAAAACUUUCCCAACUAUUGUCUAUCGGAAAAAUGGUGAUAGAAGCAGGGACCCGUUUGAAUCGAUCGGAUCUUCUCUCGCCACCGCCGCCGGAUCAUCGAAGAGUGAUGACCGCGCCACCGAUGUUUGUUCAAUUUGUUUGGAAGAGUACGAAGAUGGUGAAACAUUAAGGAAAUUACCUUUGUGCUCUCACAAGUAUCACAAGGAUUGUAUUGAUCGUUGGUUGACCACAAAGUCGUCUCAAUGUCCCCUGUGCAAACAAGACUCGACACCUCUGGAAGUCGCCAAGAAGAGGGAAAAGAGAUAUGUUCAAACCGUGGAAGUACAAACCAGACUUGAUUCCAUCUACAACACAUCAAACAGUCGCGGCAGCAGCCGGGAAAGCGGCGACAUGGGAACUGGUUCCUCGAAAUUCGGACGUUUUCUCGACAUGCUUGGCUACGGAAAUUCUGAUGACGUUAAUGUUCACGUGAGGCCAAACGGCGAAGGUUUAUUCGCAGUUCAAGAUCUACACUCCCGAUCAGACAACAUGAACCGAAUUGUGUAA